AGUUCACCAAAGUAUUUCCCGAAUCACUGGAGAUGCUAUUAGUAAAGAGCAUACUUUGCUUCAAAGUAUGCUUCCACUAUCAUCCCAGGAAAAGUUAAAUACUUUGGAGAAUCUUUUGGGAAACAAACCACACUCCGAUGCGAUGCUGAACAUAAUUUUAAAAUUGAAGGGUGCUAAGGGUUGUGUGAAACACGUGUUGAGAAGCAUUUUUGCCGACACUCUACUCAUUUCAUACAAUUAUGAGGGCAAAGCCAACAAAGCUCCACUUCUGGGGCUAAAAACAAUAGAAUUAGUUUUCGAUGCGUUUGUGAGUAUGCCCAAAAUUGACCUCAUUGCGGAAAUCAGAAAGCACGUGUUCCUAAGCCACAAUAGGUACAAACAAAUUGUAAUAAAAAAAAAAAAUUAAACAUAAUAACAAAUCUAACAAUAAUUAAUUUAAUUGUCUUAUUAUUAAUCUCUAAAAAAAUGUAACAUAAAAAUUUAAUAACUUUCCAAUCUAAAUUUCAAAAACGUUAUUUAAAUACGGCUAUUCGGGAUUUUUUGUAUAUCGACUGCGGAGUGGAAGAUCGACCUCGGCAGCCAGUUCGAAAAUGCCCUAUCUCAAAAAACUUUUCAAGAACGCCCUAUUUCA